CUGGCCACCUCGGUUUUCAGAAUUCAUUUCUCCAACGACUGGUCCAGCUGUGCUGUCGAGUAUGUGUUUGACACUCUAGACAGAGCUGCACUCGGCUGCAGUUUUGGUCAUCUCUGUGUGUUAAACAGCUCAGGCAACGAGACGGAGUCAGAACACAGCCCUCAACAGCGAAAGAAGGUGCAUCAUCCAGGAGCUUGGUAAAUCGGCUUAUUGGUGUCACAUGUACCAAGGUACUUUGAGAGAGCAGGCAGAGAAACAAUAACAGGAUACAGCUGCAAAGUACAGUGCAGGCAGAUCAAAAGGUGCAAACCAUAAAGAGGGUGAUUGUGAGGUCAAGAGUCCAUCGAAUUUGGACUGCGUCCAAUCAUUGAACAGGAACACGAGAAGAAGAGGCACCUUUGCACUGGUCUGUAAUUGAUUUAAAAGGUGGUGUAUCAUGGCAGCUUUUGGAGUUUGGACUGCACCCAAUCAGUGAACGAGAUUCAUUAGAAAAGACGAAUAAAAAUAAGGCGGGGGAAGCAGAGCGGCCAUUAUGCCAGCGUGAGUGGCUAUGACUCAUCAGAUUGAGCCUGAAUGAGAAGUAUCAGCUAAAUUACAACUACAGUUCAAUUGGCCGUGGCUAGAUCUGGAAUAUUUUUGUGACUGUGGGAGAGAGUAAUUGAAGGGAAAAGAUUAAACCCAAGGUCACCCAUACCAGCGAGCGUGGAGGACAAUAAACAUCGACUGCUGAAUGUACUGUGGCGAACAUUCUAGCUGGCUGAAUCACCCUCUGGUGCGGGGUGGCUACUGCACAGGAUUGGAAUAAGCUACAGAGUAUGGCUCCAUCAUGGGCACCAGCCUCCAGGAUAUCCUCAAGGAAUGAUGCCUCAAACAGAUGUUCACUGAAGCUGCACGCCACUCGCACACUCUGAAACCGGGGAAAGACUACCAUGGCGUACCCCAUCCUACCCAGCAAUGCCAGCGGACCCCAGUGCACUGAGGAGAGCACCGAAGAGAACCUGUUCUUCUCCUCUUUCUACGGGGUAGUGUUUGUGCUGGCGUUUGUGGGCAACAUCCUCGCAGUGUGGGUCUUCUCCUGCGAUAACCACACCAACACCACCACCAACAUCUACCUGAUGCACCUGGCCGUGGCCGACCUGUCCUAUGUGCUCAUUCUCCCCAUGAGGAUGGUGUACCACCUGAGCCAGAACCACUGGCCUUUCGGAGAGGUGCCCUGCCGCAUCACUGGCUUCCUCUUCUACCUCAACAUGUACGCCAGCAUCUUCUUCCUGACCUGCAUUAGUGCCGACCGCUUCCUGGCCAUCGUCUACCCAGUCAGGUCCAUGCGUGUCCGUAAGCCGCUCUACGCCAACAUUGCCUGCAUCGUCCUCUGGGUGGUGGUGGUUCUGGGGGUGGCUCCCAUGCUGGGAGCCCCCCAGACCCUGCAGAGCAGCAACACCACCACUGUGUGUCUGCAGUUGUACCGCGAGAAGACGUCCAGCUUUGCUCUGGUGCCCCUAACGGUUGGCUUUGUGGUCCCAUUCGUCAUCACGGUCACCUGCUACCUGCUUAUCAUCCACAGUCUCCGCAGGGGCAACCGCAUCGAGAGGCACUUGAAGGACAAGGCCAUAAAGAUGAUAAUCCUGGUUCUCACCAUCUUCCUCGUCUGCUUUGUGCCCUACCACAUCAACCGCUACCUGUACAUUCUGUCCACCAGCUCAGUCCCCUCCAGCUGUCAGGGCAGGAGGCUCAUUGCCCUCAGUAACCGCAUCACGUCCUGCCUGACCAGCCUCAACAGCUGCCUCGACCCCGUGGUCUACUUCUUCGUUGGGGAGAAGUUCCGCGAGCGCUUCUGCCACUUCGUGUGCGGCCGCAGGAAGAGAACGCAGUCUGUCAGCCAUGAGACCAAGACGAACGAGAGCUCACUCAGUGGCAAGUCUGAGCUUUAGUGAUGGUGGCAAGAGAUGGCUCCCUCUCCAUGACAGGGUGGGUGGGUGUGUGUGUGUGUGUGUGUGUGUGUGUGUGUGUGUGUGUGUGUGUGUGUGUGUGUGUGUGUGUAUAUGUGUGAGUGUGUGUGUGUGUGUGUGAGUGUGUGUGUGUGUGUGUGUGUGUGUGUGAGUGAGUGUGUGUGUGUGUGUAUAUGUGUGAGUGUGUGUGUGUGUGUGAGUGUGUGUGUGUGUGUGUGUGUGUGUAUGUGUG